UGUAGGAUUCAUGGGUAAUGAAUGUGCGCACGCAACCCUUGUUUUCAAAGAGGAGAUAACAAACAUGGUGUGUUGAAAAUCGUCGUUUUAAGGAAAACAAAUGCGUGUGAAUGAUUGAAAAAUCUUCUAAAGGAUGUUUUUUGAUACAGAUAUUGUUCUUAGAAUAAUAUUGGAAAAUCCCCGUCAGUGAAGAUCUAGACAGGCAAAAAAGACAACAUGAGCAGUGACAGCGGGAUCCUUUUGAUUCGGAAUGAUGGUACCAUUCAACUUAAGGGAGAUUCCAAAAUUUUGGGAGAAUAUCAUCUUAAACAUCGUCUCAUGGCAAGACUCAAGCCUGAUGGAUCCAUGGGUGUUUUUAUGAUUCCCGAACAAGGGCCAAACAGUGGGAAAAUGUUUGCAGUUUUGCCAAAUGGACCUUCUGGAAAAGAGGGUGUAGGAUGGGAACAUGUUGUGUCUGGUGACAGUACCUACUUACGGCCAGUCUUUAGACCUAUGACAGACAAAAGGACUACACCAGCUUCAAAAACUCUGCCUCCCAAAUCCACUAAGCCUCCACUGCCUUCGAGUGAGCCAGUUGUUAUAGAUCUUUGUGAUGAUACUGACCCGGUUGAAUCGCAGAAAAAUGAUAAUCCAAAACAGACUCCUCAGUCUACCGCUGCGGCACCAACUCCGGUUAUGUUGUUCACAAAAGACAGUGCAGCCAAAUUAAAUUCUAAGUCAAUGGUAGUUACAACGUCUUCAAAAACGACUCCAGAUUCCCAAACCCUUAAUACUCAGACCAAAUCUAGCACUUCAAACAGUGUCACUGUUGUGUUAAGCAAUCCUGCAAUAGCACAGAGUCUAAAAGAGUCGACAAUUUCAAAAUCGAUUCAAAACACAACUCCAGUUGUUCAUAGUGUCUCGAGGAAUACGCAAAGUAUAGGAUCUGGUGUUCAGAACUUGAAACAGAAUGAAACUGUAGCACGUGCAGUAUUUCAAUCAAGUAUCCCUUCUGUUACUUCAACAAGAAUUAUGUCAAAUACAUGUAGUAGUCAAACACUGGUUUCAUCGAAUGUUUUACCAUCUAAGAUACUUAAUGUGUCUCAAAAUUACAUACCAACUGUUACUCCUUCCUCACAGCAGAAUCUUAGCGUCUCAGCAAGACCUACUGUACAGGUCCCUUUCCAGUCUAUUGCUGGAACUGGGCAGCUAACUAAAACUCUUGCUUCCAGGAUUGUAAAUCCAAAUUUAAGUAAUGAUCCACAAGUUCCAAGAGCGCAAGUAGUUCCAACGGGACAACAUCAAGGCCUAUCCACAUCCUUAUCCACACUAAACCGAGGAGGAUUAUUAUCAUCGUCAGCUACCCAAAGCAUAAGGACACCACAACUACCAACAGCAGCUUUCCCGCCCCUUCUAUCACCGUCAGUAACACAAUCUCGAGUUUCAAAUGCAAUGGGUCGAUUUUCAACAACAGUGGCAAAUAAGAUCAUCAUUUCUGCUGAUGCACAAUCAGUCACAACGGCACAUACGGAGAUCAAUGAAACUCCCAUUCAAAUUAACUCGGUGUUUUCACUUGCUCCGGUUGAUCCUAUUAAGCCCUGGCUCACAAAUGGGAAGAACAUGCCACUCUCUGAAGUAGAUUUCUGGGCGGAGGCGAUUAAUCUUAAAAUAUCGGAUGAUAUUUUGGCUGAUAAACGGUUGCGAAAAGGUUGUUCUGUUGUUCUUCAACGUACAACCUCGCAUCGUCCAACAAAAAUGAGGGGAUGUCGAGUAAAAGAUUCGCAGUGUAAUGUAGCGUGUCGAAAAUUAUUUGUGAAGAAGCUUCUGAAAGAUCUUACGAGGAAAAAACACUUGAAAUUGAAGAGACGAUCCAUUUAUGCUGCGUUGAGAUUACAAAUUAGGAAAAAAGUGAAAGAGAUUCCGAGCCAGAAAAAAGCUCCACAAAGUACACCAGCUCUGAAUAAUUUUUCACACAGAAGCUUAAGUAAACCAUUACAGCAUCCUACCCCAAGGCUUGCUAACAACUCGGUGCUUUCUGCCAAUCCGAUGGGUCCUAAAACAACUUUAGCAAAUCAAAAUAGAUAUCUGCUCCUGCGGAUGAAUGGCCAAAAUGUCCUCGUUCCAAAUCCAUGUACCAGUGUCAACUUUAGUUCGUUUGUCUCCGUACCCAUAUGUGUGACUGCGAAUUCGGGAACUCCAGCAAUACAAGUUAACCCACUGAACAAUCCAAGAUCUCUUUUAGGGACACGCUUAAGUCUAUCAACUGGAAAUGCUUUGACAUCACUUGGUCCAAAUUUACCAAACCCUGCUUCCAUAUCAUCUCUUCCUUCGCUGUCUCAGCUCAACCAAAUCAGCAACGCUCUACCCAGGGUAUCAGUAAAUAAUGUUGGUGGGACGUUAUCCGUUAAUACAAGUGUACAAUCUGGAGGUAGCACACUUAACAGUUCUCUUCCUGUGUUCAAUCCGCAGUCAGGAACGAUGAGAAUGUCUGCACCAUCUGCAGUCAGUGCUACAUAUACAGUCGGUUCUAGUCAUGUUCGAUUGGGAAUAGUAAACCAUUCUACGCCAUUUCCAGUCGCUGUUAGAGCAGCAAAUCAAAAUAACAAGACUGCUCCCUUUCCAGUGGCACUUACAUAUAGAACAAGAUAUAGAAAUAAUCCUCCAGCACCUUCAAGACCGCUUUUGCAAAGUCAGAUGACUGACUUUACGGCAAGAAUUGGAACCUCAACAGCAUCAAAUACAGCUGUUCGAACAUUGCCUCCAACUUCUUCUUCGACGACAAUUCUGUCUUCUCAGGCAACUUUGCUAACAACGACUAGUACAGUCACUACUGCAACAUCAGAUGCCCAAACAGCUGUUGAUGAACCUAUCUCAAGUGUUGCAAAAUCGAAAGUAAACAAGGGGACUAAAUAUUAUUUCAUCCCGGGAGGAGUGAAGAUUAAAACAGAACCAAAAUCGUCCGGUUACGGAGAUGAAGAGAAAAAGCAUAAGAAACAUAAAAAACAUAAAAGACCUCGAUCGCCAGAUAGCGAAGGAUCUGUUGAAAAGGCAGAUAAAAAACAAAGAGUUGAAACCGAAGGCAAUUUAGCAGAUGAGGACGUGUUGAACGAUAUUGCCAAAGUGAGUAGUGAGACAGAUAUUGAAAAUUUAUCAAAAUCUGAGAUGAGUGCAGAAAGAAUCAAGCAGCUGAGAGAAAAACUGAGUGAAAAUCAACGAAAACUGGAGGAAUAUCUUCGUCAAGUUGAUCAUUAACUGACAUUUAAUGAUUAGACAAUUGCUUUAAGGGGAGUUGCCAAUACUUGUGAACAUGAAAAGAAAUGUAACUAAGCCUUUUGUCUAUAGAUCAGUUUGAAAAUGUUUAUUGUUUUAUGUUAAGUACAAUUCUGCCAUAGACUGAUAUUGUGAUUCAACGUCUUUGAGUAUGAUGAUAGAUUUUGGGGAUAUUUUAUUAUGUUUUCCAGCAAUUACAUGUAACUUAGUUACUCUGAUAUAAGCAUAAUUAAUUUUCGAUGAUCUCAGGCAGAAAAGUUGUUCUCCAUUUAAAGAAACUUGAAGAAAAGGUACUUCUUCAUUCGCAUAAUUCACAGAUGUGUUUGCUUGUUGAUGAAUGGAUAAUUCAGUUAGCAUGUGUUUUUUUGUGAAUUCUUUCAUGUCAAUCUCAGUUUGCUCAGGUAUGUAGCUCUGUUCAGUCGGUUGUCUUAAAGAAAAGGGAUACGCAGUAUAUGACCAGAGUGCUAAAAAUCCACCCAUCGAAUAAAAUGUAAUAUUCAGUAAGGUAAAGAUCAACCCAUAAAAUAAAAUUCCAUACUCAUUGCACAAACAAGUGGUGACGUUUAUCGAUUCAUUUCUCCUUAUGUUUCGGCUGUCAUAGCGAAAUGUUACCAAUGGUUACUGUUUGUUUGUAACAUAUAUUUUUAUACUUCCAAAAUAAAACAGAAAUGGACUUGAAUUUAAGAAUAAAUGUAUAAAAAUAUUCACUCUUUAUGCGCAACAAAUAUAGUCCAUUAUUUAUUGUACUCUUUUGUCACACAAUCCAAUUUUUAAGACCAGCGAGCUACAAAUCUGCAGCUGGUUCAUUUCUGGGGAAAUAUAUUGUACUUAUUUGAAUGUCAGUGCUAUGUAUAGGUUUUAGAAUAAGUGUUUUAGAUGUACUUAUUUGAGUUUAUUAAAUGUUUUUAUCGUGCGUUUGUUAGCAUUAUU